AUGUUUAUAUAUAUAUAUGUGUUUGUGUUGAUGUUUUAUUUUCUUUGUUCUUUUUUUUUUUUUUUGCAUUAUGGGUUGAAUGCAGUGCCGCCCUUCAUGAAAAUUAUUAGCGAUGUCUAUCGGCAGACAUUUCCAAAGAAGCUCCGUUUUGAUAAGGCGUGCUUGAUUCUCCACGCUGAGCUUCUAAUGAUUGCACGGCGGCACAAGCACAAGAAAUACAUCCCGAAGGAAGAGAUUUGCGAUGUGCUGAACCAAUACGAGCCGUUGCCCGGCUCUCCGUGGCUGCAGCUGCCAGUGAUUCGUCAUGUUCUUUUGAUUCGGCCGAUUAACAGCGUACGGGUUUUGCUUGGAUGGCGCUCCUGGCUCAUCAACAGAUCCGUGGAUGAGGAGUUUCACCGUGUGAAGAGGUGGAUGACAGUGCAGGAAGGAACGGGCGCCAAAAAUUUCAAGGCGCAUCGCAUUUCCGGUUUUGUUUUACGGGAACGGUUUGUUGCCGAGGUGUUGGACCCGUUCCAUGUGGCUGGCAUGUACCAGCGGAUGAUGCGCUGGGGUUUGUUUGUUGUUAUCGUGUUGCUUCUGUUUAUCUUCGCGUCUCUGAAUUUGGAUGCCCUUGUUUACUUCUUUUUGGUCCGUUGGUGUGGGAUGGGUCGGAAAGAGGUGUUCGAAUGGUUUCGUGGCAUUACAGAGAGACACCUCAUAACGGAGGUGCCGCCGGCGUACAAGACCCUGCUACCACUGCCCUGUGUUCUGCACAUGCCAUCUGACGGGGUGGAACGAUAUGAGACAAAGAUUUUGGAGCUUGUUUCACCGGACGAAAAUAUUGUUGUUAUGGCGAUUCCGUGUCCACAGGUGGGAAGUAAGAAAUUUUUUGCCGCCGUUGGAAAGGCUGCUUCGCUAUGCGAUGCUGUCAUGAUGGAGGGUGUGUCUUUUGAAUACAUUGAUAGGAUCGUACCGGCUGCUUUUCUUCCACUGCGAGAUAAUACAUUUCCUGCAUUGGGGUUACAUCAUCGUUUUAUUGACAUUGUUCGCGGUAAGCGGGAACCGCCAUUUUUGUACCCGACAGUUUCAGAGAUGACUUGGAAGGUCUACUGGACUCAAUUUUUUGUGCCGUUUGAGUGGCGUUGCGUCUAUUCGCCCACAAGCUUUUCUGCAUCGAAGGGUGAGGCGAAGAUGUGCUGGGGGCGGCUGCGGGAACUGAUCGAGACGGUCAGCGCAUCUCAGGCAGAUGCGGGAGAAGGGGGAGCAGAACCGUACGUCAUUUGCCUGCCAUGGACGUUGCACCAGAUUGUGAACUUGGAGGCCAGCCUCAUUAAGUACGGAUUUCGGGUGGGGCGGGUUUUCUCCAUGGAGUGGAUGGAUCGUGAUUACAUGGGCAGACACUUCUGCGACUACUAUGGCAUCGCAGAGGGAUAG